CAACUCACUCUUUCGGUGCUUCGUCCCUUCCAUUUUAUGAUUUCAAGAAUCAGAGCUCGACUGGAUCCUGGAGUUUCACAACCUCUCAAAUCCUAUUCCGCGGCCAUUUUGACUUUUGAGUUUGGCGUCCGGUUUUUAUACGCUUCCAAGGUACCUUCUUCUGCAUCUUUCGACAUUUCAAAUGCUCCAUAACGGCAUCAAACUUGCUCUAUUAGCAAAUUUCUUUUUCUUUUUUUUUCGGUGAUGAAAACCCAUUCUAUUCUACUUCGUUCAAUCGGAUGGAGAUUGAGUGCAGUUCCGUGUAAUGUUUUUCUACUUUUUGUCUAUUUUCGAUCUUAGCUUUUAUUUUCUUUUCAUUGUUCAACUCUUAGUUGGAUCUUCCGAUUUAUGUAUGUAUGGUACAACAGUUCGUUUCAUUGAUUAACCUCACGGUGAUUUUCCAAGCGGGUUUCAGUGAAAUCUCCCUCUCUUCCAUCUACUGGGUCUUUGAAAACCAUUGAAGAUUGGGGUUUUGUCGCCCGUUUUUCUCUGGUUUGGCCUUUGACAAUCUAGAUCUUCUCUUGAUUUCUAGUAAGAACCAAGUUUGGACAUCCUUCUCUGGUUUGUCGCCCGCUUGCCUAGGAAAAUAUCUUUUCUGGGCCUCCCUGCUGUUUUGCCAUGAAGAAAAACAACAACUCGAAUCAUCUUUUUCCCAUUUCCACCUGUGUCUGCCUCUCUUUCUUACUUCAUCUGAUCUCUGCGGCCGAUACAUACUUCCCAACGGAUAAAAUCCUCCUCAACUGUGGUGCUGCCCAAGAAUCAACAGAUUCUGAUGGCCGGAAGUGGACUGGUGAUGUUGGAUCCAAGUUCGCGCCUGCAGCUGCCAACACGUUGACGUCUACAGCUGCUACCCAAGACCCCUCCGUCCCUGAUGUUCCUUACAUGACCGCAAGAGUAUUCCGUUCUGAAUUUACCUACAGCUUCCCUGUUGCAUCUGGCCGGAAAUUUGUUCGCCUUUACUUCUACCCAGCUUCCUAUAAUGGCCUCAAUGCCUCUAACGCCCUCUUCUCUGUCACUUCUGGGCCCUACACUCUUCUCAAGAACUUCAGUGUUUCGCAAACUGCCGAGGCUCUAACAUAUGCCUUCAUCAUCAAGGAAUAUUCUCUGAAUGUAGAGAACGAAAUUUUGAAUGUUACAUUCAGGCCAUCAUCCAAUGCUUCUAAUUCCUACGCAUUUAUCAACGGGAUCGAGGUUGUGUCAAUGCCCGACAUCUAUAGCAGUGCAAAUGGUGCCUUGCUUGUUGGCCUAUCGAGUCAGUUCACCAUCGAUAACAGUACCACCCUUGAGAAUGUUUUCCGGAUAAACGUGGGUGGCAACUACAUCUCGCCAACAGGUGACCCUGGUCUCUUUCGGUCAUGGUAUGAUGAUUCACCAUACAUCUUUGGUGCAGCUUUCGGUGUGACUGAUGUAGCAAACAUGACAAUUCAGUACCCCACAGAUCUUCCCAAGUAUACUGCACCAGUGGAUGUUUAUGCGACUGCCAGAACCAUGGGACCAGACGCAAGCAUCAACCAGAAUUACAAUCUCACGUGGAUUUUUUCAGUUGAUCCAGGGUUUUACCACUUGGUUAGGCUCCAUUUCUGUGAGAUUCAAUCCGUCAUUAACAAGGUCAACCAGAGGGUGUUUCAGAUCUUCAUUAAUAAUCAAACUGCUGAGGCUGCUUUUGAUGUGGUUGCUUGGACCCAAGGGAAUGGGAUUCCAACGUAUAAGGACUAUGUUGUGCUUCCCCAGAAGGGGAAUGCCCAGCAGGAUUUAUGGCUAGCGCUGCAUCCCGCUAUAGCAUCAAAGCCCAAUUACUAUGAUGCAAUCUUAAAUGGAGUGGAGAUCUUUAAAGUGAGUGAUUCUAAUGGAAACCUUGCUGGACCCAAUCCGAUUCCCCCACCAAAACAGGCUGUUGUUGACCCAAGCUUGGCUAGGUCUCAUACUUCUGGUAAUUCAAAGAAUCAAGCUGCAGUCAUUGCUGGAGGAGUUAUAGGUGGUGUUGUUGUUUCCUGUCUUCUUUGCUUCUUUGUGUUUGUUGUAUCCCGACGUAGGAGGCAACGGAAGGAUUCAAGUGCCAGUGAUGGCUGGCUCCCCCUUUCUCUAUAUGGAAAUUCACACUCUGCAGGGUCUGCCAAAACGAACACCACAGGAAGCUAUGCUUCCUCACUUCCUUCAAACCUUUGCCGACACUUUUCAUUUGCUGAGAUCAAGGCUGCCACCAACAACUUCGACGAGGCUUUACUUCUUGGGGUUGGCGGUUUUGGCAAGGUCUACAAGGGUGAAAUUGAUGGUGGGUCAAUUAAGGUUGCAAUUAAACGUGGCAACCCCCUGUCUGAGCAGGGAGUCCAUGAAUUCCAGACAGAGAUUGAGAUGCUUUCGAAACUGCGGCACCGUCACUUGGUAUCAUUGAUUGGGUACUGCGAAGAGAACUGCGAAAUGAUCCUUGUCUAUGAUUACAUGGCCCAUGGGACUCUGCGUGAGCACCUUUACAAAACCCAAAAGCCACCCCUGCCCUGGAGGCAGAGGCUUGAGAUCUGCAUUGGAGCUGCCCGUGGCUUGCAUUACCUUCAUACUGGUGCCAAACACACCAUCAUCCACCGAGACGUGAAGACAACAAACAUCCUCCUAGAUGAGAAGUGGGUGGCGAAGGUAUCAGAUUUUGGGCUGUCAAAGACAGGGCCUACAUUGGAUCAUACACAUGUCAGCACUGUUGUAAAGGGUAGCUUUGGGUAUUUGGAUCCGGAGUACUUCAGACGGCAGCAAUUGACGGAGAAAUCAGAUGUGUACUCAUUUGGGGUUGUAUUGUUUGAGAUACUCUGUGCUCGGCCAGCAUUGAAUCCAACGCUGGCAAAGGAACAAGUGAGCUUGGCAGAAUGGGCAUUGCAUUGCCAGAAAAAAGGGAUCCUUGAUCAGAUAAUUGAUCCAUAUCUCAAGGGGAAGAUUGCACCGGAGUGCUUCAAGAAGUUUGCCGAAAUAGCAGAGAAGUGUGUUGCCGAUCAGGGGAUUGAUCGCCCGGCAAUGGGAGAUGUUCUCUGGCAUCUUGAAUUUGCACUACAGCUACAGGAGAGUGCGGAGGAGAAUGGUGGACUCGCAACCUGUGACAUGGACGCAUAUGAGACACCAUUCAAUGGAAAAUGUGGAGGGAAGAAGGAUCCAGAUGCAUCAUCGGGUUUUGAGGGCAAUGUGACAGAUUCCAGGAGCAGCGGGAUGACAAUGAGCAUUGGAGGCCGGAGCCUUGGAAGCGAAGAUUCAGAUGGGUUGACACCCAGUGUCGUGUUCUCACAGAUCAUGAACCCAAAAGGCCGGUGAGACGGUGGGACGGGAUUUGCCACCUGCCAUUUAGAUUCAGUGAAACAAAUUUGCUUUGUUUAUUAUUAAUUAACAGCCAAGGAGCAGCUAAUUAAACUUGGGUUUCUUGUUCCUUCUAUUCUAAGUCUUGUUUAUGAUUAACUGGUUAUUGUUAUUAUUAUAUAUAUUUUUUGGGGAUACGUUAUAUCUGUUGUAAUUUAUUAUGUCAUCACCCAUGGGCCAAGGCUAAGGCGUACGUGUAAGAAUAAUGUUAUUUUUUUGUACUGGUAUUGCACUUUGUAAGGUAUUCCUUCCUUGCUUUACGUGUAGAUCACGGAUUCUCGGUCAGGGCCUCAGGGGGGUGAUGGCGGUGGUUCCCCCACUGCCACUUACCACUCUCAAGCUCAGGCUGGGGGAAUCAUUGACACUCA